AUGAGGACCGAGGAGGCUCAAGAGCUAUCUGAGACAGAAAAGUAUCGCUAUCAAGAUGAGGAUGCUCCACACGAUCAUUCCUUACCUCGACUGACCCACGAAGUGAGAGGCCCUGAACUGGUGCACGUGUCAGAAAAGAACCUGUCUCAGAUAGAAAAUGUCCAUGGAUACGUCCUGCAGUCUCACAUCUCUCCUCUGAAGCUCUCUGAUCCAUUUGGAGUUUAUUCUAGUGUACGAUGUGAGGUACUGAUCUAA